GUCUUGACGGACACAACUUUGAUUUAGGAAUGAGAUUGCUGGUUUAUCGCCACACCUGGCAACCCAGCCCGCAGCCCGUCAGGAGGUUUUCUGUAACCGCAGAAAUGUUUAAAACAGAGAAAUUAAAAGCUUUGGUCAAUGAGAGACUUAAAGCUGCAGCUGAGGAAAUAUUCAGCAUCUUUGAAACAACUAUUAAAGACUACGAGGAGAAUGUUUGGCGUUCAAAACAGGAGAUCGAGCAACAAAGAAGAAGCCUGGCCGGAUGUAAAGCCCCCCUGCAGCCCUCUGUCCAGGUAAAAUACGCUCCCUCUGAGCAGGAUCUCUGUGAGAGAAAGAUUGACCAGGAUGACCAGGAGCCCCUGGAGAUCAAAGAGGAGCAGGAGGAGAACCUGAGGUCUGCUCCGGCAGGUGAAAAGCAGCAAGAGGAAGCUGAUGCAAAAGAAACGGCGUUCAAUAUAGUUCAUGUGCAAAGCAAUGAGGAAGAUGGAAUUCAGUUCCCACACCAAAACCAAGAAAUGGAUAAUAAAGAAGACAAUUUGCCCGGCAGCAGCUCAUGUAAACAGGUCAAGAAAUCAAAAGCUGAGAAAGAAGACUGUGGUUUAUCCGCCAGUGACGUUAACAUGAGUGAAACUAGUGACAAUGAAUGGUGGAGAGAUGGUGGAGGUGUCAUCAUGAAGGAUCCUCAGCACGAGACAGCAGAGAGGCCGUACACCUGCAGCGUUUGCAACAAGACCUUUAGUAUUAAAUCCAUUCUGACUCGCCACACGAAGACACACACAGGAGAGAAACCUUACAGUUGCGGUGUGUGUGGUAAAAGCUUCAUCCAGCGCUCUUCCCUUCAGACUCACAUGAACUCUCAGUCCGGACAGAAGCCGCACACAUGCCGUUUCUGUGGCCGAGGGUUCACACAAGUGGGAAACAUGAACCCCCACAUAAGAAUCCACACAGGAGAGAAACCUCACAGCUGCACCGACUGUGCUAAAAGUUUUAGAGAGAAGGCAGAUCUCAUCAAGCACACCAUAAUUCACACUGGUGAGAAACCUUACAUUUGCACUGUUUGUGAUAUGAAAUUCAGUGCUCAGUCUAAUCCCACGCGCCACAUGAAGACGCAUUCAGGGGAAAGGCCGUUUAGCUGCACCGCUUGUGGGAAAGGUUUCAUUCGGCGAUCCCAUUUACUUAUUCAUAUGAAGACACACACAGGAGAGAAUAUCUAGACGUACUCCAUGGUAUUUAUUUGAGAGAAGGAAAUGGAUAAGAUAAAAACUCACACCAUUUUAUCCACGUUGUUCCUAAUGUGUUGUACUGUAGGAUCAUGGACUACUAAUUAUGGAAACAUUUAUAUAAAUGGUCUCGUGAAGAAAAAUAAUUUGUGUUCAACGCACUUAUUUCUCAAACCUCUUUUUGUUAAACUUGUCAAACAAGGUAAAAAGAAGAAGGAAGGAAGUCGGCAUUUGAACUGACCUCAAAAUGUAAUAAUUUUGUCUAUAAUGCCUUAAAGUGUGUUUGUAAAUGUUGUAUAUUAUUUUAAUUAAAACAAACAAUUUCAAAUGGUCCAAUCCCUGAGCUGAAUUAUUUCUAGGGUUAGUUGCGUUGCGUAGUUCAAUAAAAUAGUGCAAGUAACGCAAUGGUGCAAGUAAAUAGGAAUAAAUAAACUAUAUACAUGGAUAAUAUGGACUGCAAAAUUAAAAACUGUACAAAAGAAUAACGUGCUCUUUAUUGUAUGAACAUGUAAUUAAAAAGUGUCCUAUACACAGAUGAGUAUUGCAGUGUUAUAAAUCAAUGCACUAAGCAGAGCUCAGGAGUUGAACAGUCUUAUGGCCUCAUGAUAAAACUGUCCCUGAGUCUAAUCAUUGUUUUCCAAAGAUAAGAGCACAGGAGGGUGGGACUAAUGAUCAACUGCCUCAUAAACUCUGCAACAGCCUUUUCAAAGUCCAUAUUAAAGACAAACAAUGGAAUAUCAACCAGAACUGUGGAACCUGAUCUGGAAAAUAAGUUGACCUACCUACAGCACAUGAGGCGCCAGGAGGGCAGAAGAACAUCUUAUCUUUCUUCUCCCAAAAUCACCAGAAGGACGUGUUGUCUUCCGCAAAAUUACCCGUCACUGGCACUGCACCUGCCAGGACUGAACCUCAGAUCACAGAUGGCCAAACCUCCACGUUAAAACCCCACUCCCCCUUAAAGAGGAGCAUCCUCUGGGAUCUGGAAAACCUUCAACCCCUCUCCCCAGAUCUCCUCCUCUCUGUACCCGAGACCCCCGACAGUCAGAUCAAGCUUUCGUCCUCUUCAUCCAGUGAUGGAGGUCGACUGAGCCCCCGGCCCGGCAGAGGUUUGGUGGCGGGUCUGGAGAAACUCGGCCACUUGUCACCCAUCUGUCGUAGUCCCCGAUCUAAAGGUCAACGAGCACGGAGAGUUAUGGACGAGGAGGGAGGACACGCAAAGAGGGAAGAGGGAUGCUCUGCCUCCGUGAAAAGAGUCAUCAGCCCUCCUCAAGAGUCUCACAAUGCCAAAAGACCAAGAAAUGCCAAUCCAGCAAAGCCAGUUGGCCCUUUGAGGACACCUCGUUGCCCCGGUGACCAAUCAGAGGGUCAGUCUGUCUCUAAUGAAAAGGGAAAGGUUUUAGAGGAACAGAGAAAACGUCAGAAAGAGAGAGAUGAAAAGGAGAAAGAUACUGGUUUUACUGUGAUAACGGGGCAGAAAGCAAAUGGAAACCUACACACUCGUCCGGAUAAAGAUACUCACACUCUUACUGCUCACAUGCAUAAACCUAGUGUGCAAAGUAUCUCACCGGCGAUGCAGAGAAGUGUAGAGCCGCGAGAGUUUGACCUUAAAAGGGCAGGAGCUACAACAGCAGCACGGACAUCCAAUGGAGACGACCCGACAUCAUCUGAUCAGCAGCAGGCUGGAGUGGAAAAUCCAGGAAUGACGUCAAGCGGUCCUGCGGAAGAGAUGGUGGACGACAGCUGGUUUGAUGACCUGAUGGACAAUAAGGAAGGUCUUGUCAUAGAGGAGAAAUCCAAAAAACCACGUAAGGUGCCAGACCAUGUGAUUCUUUCUGGAGGACUUAACAACCGCUACUGGGUGUUAGAUGUGGAGGAGAAGCCUGGCAAAAAAACCCUGACCAUCACAUGCUUCAAAUCUCAACAUCCAACUGAGACGUGUCUGCUGAAAGAUGGAUGGGAGAUGACCCCAGUGUGUUGUGGGGAUGUGGUGCAUCUGGAGGGGGUCUCUGACGGGGGCUCCUGGGUGGUGGGCAGGGAGCAGGGCUUCCUGGUUUUACUGCCUGACAGCCUUAUCUCAGGCACCAGCAUCUCAAACUCCAUCCGCUGCAUGAGGCGUGCAGUACUGGCAGACAUGUUCAAGACUUUUGACGGUGGCUCCAAACAGAUGCUGAAUGGCACCAUUGUCCAUGAGGUCUUCCAGAGGGCAGCUAGAGCUAAAGACUUUUCGUUGGAGACACUGACUAAAAUGGCAGACCAAGCCCUAUGCAGUCCUCAGUACCUGGUAGAUAUGUACAGUUUGGGUGUGAGUCAAGAAGAGAUGAAGCAGGAACUGCACGAUUAUCUGCCCUCACUGGAGCGUUGGGCAAAGCAGUACCUCAGCUCUUCAUCGCCAACAGCCAUCAGCAUCAAAAUCCCUAGCAACAGCAAAGCUCCAGGCAGAUGUCAGGACUCAGCGAUGGUUGUCACGGUAGCAGAGCUGGCAGAUAUAGAGGAGAAUGUGUGGUCACCCAGGUUUGGUCUGAAAGGGAAAAUCGACGUGACGGCACGGGUACGAAUCCAAAAACCAGGAAGUGGUAGUUACAGAAGGCUGGAGGAGAAGACCAUCCCCCUGGAGCUGAAAACUGGGAAAGAGUCAAACUCCAUAGAGCAUCGCAGUCAGGUGAUUCUUUACACUCUGAUGAGCUUGGAGAGAUACAAUUCUGAAGCUGGCUUCCUGCUCUACCUGAAGACCGGAAACCUGCACCCUGUGGUGGCCGGCCACAUGGACCGCAGAGAGCUGCUGAAGCUGAGGAACACUUUGGUUCAUCACAUUCACAACUGUGUGAAGAAAGAGGCGAAGCGGAGCCGUUUGACUCGACUUCCUGACAUCCUGACCGACAGACAAACCUGCCAGUACUGUCCUCAGCAGAGAAACUGUGCUUUAUACGAAAGGUCUCUUGACGGCAGCUCUGCAGACGACUGUGAGGAUGUUGUGCGUGACUUCCUCCAGCAGGAGACGGGUCACCUGAUCCCACCUCAUCUAAGCUAUUUCUCCCACUGGCUGCUGCUCUGCUGCCUUGAGGCUGGCACCAUGGAGGCCAAGAAUGGCAGAAAGCGUGUGUGGCUUGAGAAGCCUGAGGAGAGUGAGAAGAAUGGGAGCUGUGUGGGGAAUGUGCAGCUGAGCGGCCCGGUGACCGUGCAGUCUGAAGGGGUUUUCCUCCAUAGCUUCCAGAGAAGCAGCGCAGUGCCACAGAAGAGUUUGGUGAGCAGCGGGUUGGCCAGCGGAGAUCGUAUCGUUGUUAGCGACCAGGAAGGUCGUCUGGUUGGUUUAGCAACAGGAUACCUGUGUGAGGUCAGCAGGACAUCGAUCAGCUGCACUCUGGACAGAGACCUGUCUAAGUUCAGUGGCGUGUUGUUUCGAUUGGACGCUGAUGAAGGUGUGGUGGGUCUCAGCACUCACCUCACCAAUCUCUCCAGACUGAUGGUAAACAGUAAGGACAGUGAUCGUCUGAGGGAGCUGGUCGUUGACCUUCGUCCUCCAGAGUUUAUUUCCAACCUCAGCUCUGUUCUGCCAAGAGAGGCCAAGGACACUGUGGCCAACAUCCUCAAAGGUCUUAACAAACCCCAGAAGCAGGCCAUGAAGAAGGUGUUGUUAUCUAAAGACUACACGCUGAUCGUCGGCAUGCCAGGCACGGGCAAAACCACAACCAUCUGCACCCUGGUUCGCAUCCUUCACGCGUGUGGGUUCAGCGUGUUGCUGACCAGCUACACCCACUCUGCUGUUGACAACAUCCUGCUGAAGUUAAAGCGUUUCCGGGUUGGAUUUCUGCGUCUUGGGAAAGGGCUGAAGGUUCAUCCAGACAUCCUGCCUUACACAGAGGAAAGUGCGAGAAAGAAGGGAGUUAAGUCUCUUUCGGAGUUGGAGCAGCUUUAUAACAAGGAGCUGGUCGUGGCAACCACCUGUAUGGGCAUCAAGCAUCCCAUAUUCACACGUCGGCGGUUUGAUUUCUGCAUCAUAGACGAGGCUUCACAGAUCAGCCAGCCGAUCUGUCUGGGACCGCUGUUCUACGCCAAGAGAUUCGUCCUGGUUGGAGAUCACCAACAGCUGCCACCAAUAGUGCAAAAUCAGGAGGCCAGGUCACUUGGCAUGGAUGAAAGUCUAUUUAAACGACUUGAGCUCCAUGAUGAAGCAGUGGUCCAACUCAAUGUACAGUACCGGAUGAAUAGGCAGAUCAUGUCUCUCAGUAACUCCCUGAUGUAUGAGGGCCGUCUGGAGUGUGGAUCGGAGAAGACGGCCUCGUCCCUGCUCACUCUGCCCUUCCUGCUGUCCGUCCAAUCAGAGCUCAGUGCGUACGCUGAGACUCAUCCAGAGCUCGACCUGGCUUGGAUACAGAACACGUUGCUGCCCAGCCGCCCUGUCUGCUUCCUGGAUUGCUCCAUGGUGCCAGCACUGGAGUCUGUGGAGCAGGGAGGCAUCAGCAACCACACCGAGGCGGCUCUCAUUCGCAAGCUGCUGUCACUGCUCAUAAAGGCGGGUUGUAAGCCCAGUGAUAUUGGUGUGAUCGCCCCCUACAGACAGCAGCUAAAGAGUAUCUCUGCUCUGCUGCUGUCCCCUGCGUUCGCAGGUGUGGAGGUGAAUACAGUCGACAGAUACCAAGGACGAGACAAAAGUCUGAUCGUUUUUUCUUUUGUCAGGAGCACUUCAGAGGAUGGAAAUUUAGGAGAGCUGUUGAAGGACUGGCGUCGCCUGAACGUAGCCAUCACCAGGGCGAAACACAAGCUGCUGAUGGUGGGUUCGAUCUCAACGCUGCGACGCUACGCACCUGUAGAGAAACUCCUCAGCCAUCUCCAGCAAGAGAACAUGGUUAUCCAGCUCCCUCCAGCAGCCCACAUGGCUUUACAAAGCAUGUCCCUGUGAAAGACCCUCUGAAGACAUGGUGGUGUUUUCAGAGCGCCGAUGUGUCUCAGUGGAGCAGCCUGUCGCUGUGGAUCAACUCAACAGGGCAGAGGAUGAAUGCCAAUCUGCAAAUGCACUCAAUGAUCUGGAGGCUGGGAUCAGUUGUCAACAAUUCAAAACCUACUUAUAGCUAUACUGUCAAUAUUUGAAACAAAAAUAACAUUCCGCUAAAAGUUUAACAAUGUAUAACCGAUACAUUAAUCAACACACUAGGACAAGCUGAGGAAACCAGGCUUUUUAAUUAGUCUUUAUUAUCUAAAGCACCAAGGAAACUCUGGUGUCUUUGUUGUAUACAAUUUUUUAAAUAUUGAAGCAUAUGCACCAUUCAGCAUUUCUUGCGACAUUUUGUGCUGAUAAAUGUUCUGUUUUGGCUCUAAACAUUCAUACUGAUACAAGUGGAAGGGAAAUAGCAAGACCUCAUAGAGGCUUUUAGGCUUCAGCUGUAAUUCUUUGCCGAUUCCUUUAAAAAUACAAUACACGCUAAAAGUACUCCAAUAUCAAAAGUGUCAAUUUUUAAUGUCUAUGCUGUGAAACAAUAUACUUUUAAAAUAGCUAAAGAGUAGAGCAUCUGUAACAUGGUGGUAAAGUUCAAAUGUAUUUAACUGAAACUGCUUGGAUGACUGUACGGUGCAUCAAACCUCAACUAGGACUGAUCAGGAUUCAUAGACUCAGAUAUUGGUGUUCAAAUACUUCUGUCAAUACACUGUGACAAUAAUUAAGACUUCAUUGUCGGUACUUUCUCUAAACUUUUCCACACACAACACAGUAAGUCAUUCUUAAUUCUGAACAGGACCAAACAUCUUACAGUUCAUCAGUCAGAUAAGCUCAAAUAUGUCAACUAAUCCGUUAACUGAAACGCAGUCUGGAGGAGGAAAAACUUGUCUGAAAAAUAGUGAAGCUACAUCAGUCAUUUUCAGUCCUAAAUUAAACAUUUUGCUGUCAUUUCUUAUUUUGUGGUGGUCACUGGACUUUAUUCACACUUGAUGAGAAAUAUUGCAUCAACAGUACUCUGUUUUAUUCUGUGAAUAGACUUAACGACUUGAAAUAUAAAUAACAAACUGAUAUAAAUCAAUCAUUAUUUUGUCUUUAUCGAGCAGCUUUAAAUGUUAUACUGUUUUACAGAAAAAGCUUAUUUGAGUCAAUUCCUUUGCGUUCAUCUAAAUGCAAACCUAAUGCUGCGAAACUUUACAAAGGAAACUGCCUGGUACCAUGACAACCAGAAAACCUCAAGGAGUGUGUAGGAAAUCACAAUGUAAUGUUCAUAUGUAACCUGAUGCUGACAAACUGUGAAGAUUCAACUGAUGACAGAUUUUUUUAUAUAUAUUAUUAGAGCAAGUCAGAGAACAUCCCGACCCAAGCCAACUGUGAUUCUACCGUUGAUCUGUUUUUCACCCAAUACACCCUCUGAUUUUACAUGUUCUCACUGUUUUGUUACUUUUUUAAUUUUGUAAAUAAAGAAAAUAAAUACUA